AUGCGGGUCAGGAUGAUUUCGGCUGCCUCCGUCCUCGUCCUGCUCUUCCUGCCCUCCGAGACCUGCUCGCCCCUGCAGUGGCCCCGGGGUCCCUCCCGCCGCUUGACCCUCGCCCCCCAACCCACCUGGGAGCCCUGGCCGGCAGCCCCGAGACCCCCGGCUCCCACCGCCGACCCCUUGCCCCACAGACUGUGUCAGCUCCGUGGGGCAGAGCCCACCCCGGAUCCCCGCCCCCCGCGGGGGCUGCCGAGUGGGAAGAGGAGAGAUGGCAAACCCAAUUCCCUGGAUCUCACCUUCCACCUCCUGCGGGAAUUCCUGGAGAUGUCCCGGGAGGAGAGACUGGCCCAGAAGGCACUCAGCAAUAAGCUCCUGCUGCAGAGUAUAGGGAAAUGA